AUUGAACUUAUUAUACUUUUGGUCUUGAAAAGGAAUAAUAAUGAAGUGAGCCUGCUAUGUGAGAUGACGUUAUUGGACGAGGGAGAAAUACAAGACGGAGAGGGAGAGGAAGAGAGAGAGAAUCCAGAAAGAGAAAAAAAGGAGCGAAAAACCCUAGGAGCUAGGGUUCGUUGUGAGAUCGGAAAUGGGGAAGAAGAAGAAGAGAGUGGCAGCGAAGGUGUGGUGCUACUACUGCGAUCGUGAAUUCGAGGACGAGAAGAUACUGGUACAGCACCAGAAGGCCAAGCACUUCAAAUGCCAUGUCUGUCACAAGAAGCUCUCCACCGCCGGUGGCAUGGUCAUCCACGUCCUCCAGGUCCACAAAGAGACCGUUUCCAAGGUUCCCAAUGCAAAACCUGGCCGCGAGUCAACCGAAAUUGAAAUAUAUGGAAUGGAAGGAAUCCCACAUGAAAUCUUAGCAGCUCAUUAUGGAGAGGAAGAUGAAGAUGUCCCAUCAAAAUUGGCUAAAGUGGAGAUCCCAAGUUCACAACUUGGUGGUGGUGCAGUACCUGGAACUUUAGGAAUUGGAGUUCCUCCUCAACCAGCAUUAGGUGCAAUGCCACCAGUUUACAAUCCUGCAUUAGCAGUGCCUCCUGCUGGUUGGCCGGUUCCUGCUCGUCCCCAGCCUUGGUACUCUCAGCACCCAGCAAUCUCUAUUCCUCCUGCUCCAUUGGGGAUGACACAACAGCCUUUGUUUCCAAUACAACCUGUCAAGCCUCCUCUGCCAUCCACUAUGUCUUCUGCUCUUCAACCAUCAUUGCAAAUAACUCCUCCUGGGCUUCCCAUACCUUCACCUUCUGCUCCUUUACCUCAACCCUUGUUCCCUGUCGGUGUUAAUAACAAUUUACCUACUAAAAAUUCACCAUUUUCUACACCUAUGCUUUCAACAAGUAUUCCAUUAAGCUCUCAAGCAGAACUUAAUAGCUCAAUUGAAGCACAUUCCAGCACUAACAGUUCUCUUGCAAGUAGCUACAGUGCCCCAAGCAUUCAAGGUGGGCCAUCAAUCAACUCACAUUCUUAUGCUUCUGGUCCAAAUACUGGUGGUCCUUCAAUUGGGCCACCUCCUGUCAUUGCAAAUAAAGUUCCUGCUACUCAGCCAGCCGGCAACGAGGUGUAUUUGGUUUGGGAUGAUGAGGCAAUGUCCAUGGAGGAAAGAAGAAUGUCAUUAAUGAAGUACCAGGUGCAUGAUGAAACUAGCCAGGUAAGUUAUAACUACUUCUGUAAUAUAAUUCAUUCAACUGGAUAUGGAGUUGCUUCCAACCAGAUGGGUAGGCUUUAUAUUUUGUAUUUUUCAUAUUCAAUUGUUUCUGCAUGUUACAUGUUUCAAGUGGUAUUCCAAAAAAUGCACAAAUUUUCUUUUUCCUCUGUAUUAAAAAAGAAAUACUAUGCAUUUUGGAGAACAUCCAAUUAAUCAUCUUCCUACUUCCAAGCCAAUUGGUUAGAGGGCAUGCUGUUUUGUUUUUAAUUGCCGUUCUCCAAUUUGCAAGCAUUUUCACCCAACUUGUGGUCAUCAAAAGAUUUGAAGUAGGUAUUUACAUUGUCUCUGCUGUAAUUAGUAAUUACAUUUCUGACAAGCUUGCUGCAAUCAACUUCGAGGAUUCUCCAACCUAGCAUCUUACUCGGUUAAGAAGAGAGUGUAUGUAUUUGCUCUUCCAAAAUUUAAAUUCAUUUCUUGUUAUUCAUUCUCCCUAUGCUUGAUUCUGAAGCGUGGGGGUUUGGGUGGAACGAGAAUAUACCAACAGAUAUUUGCCCAUUUCUAGCAUCAUUAUUAUUUAAUUUAUGAUCCAACAGUGAAUUCAGGCUUGGCCCAGGUCAGCUUCUUUCACAAAAUCUCUUGCAUAGAGCCAAAGUAUAUAAUGUUCCUUAAUUUUCAAUUGUGGUUCCAUAUUUCAGAUGAGCUCAAUUGAUGCAGCCAUAGAUAGAAGGAUACUGGAGAGCAGGCUUGCUGGCCGAAUGGCAUUUUAGAUCUGUGGCGAUCAUAUCUCUGCAUCAUCAACAUCUGGAAUGUAGUUUGCACUUGCAAGUGAGUGCUAGUCUUCUUAAUCCUUGCUUGUCUUCUUUGCAAGAAAGGCUUAGGAGAGAGCAAUUCUUUUGACAAUGGGCUGAGGGGUCUCAGAAAAAAGUAGACAAAUUCUUUGUAUGUUCUUAAAAUUUGUUUUUUCAGAUGUCAUUGUAACUUUACAGAACAUGGUUUUGAGGUGUUCUGACAUUUCAAGUGGUGUAGUUGCUUCUAGGUAUACCAUUAAGACUUUGGGAA